AAUAAAUAAAUAAAAUCUUUAAAAAAAACUAAAAUCACAGCCAAUAUUGGGCUUUAUCUGACAAAAGCAAUUAUAUCUCACAGACAAGAAAUUGGAGAAAUGCAAGAUCAGCUACAGAAGGCAGAGCUCAACUUCAAACUCAAGGUCUCAGCUCAUGAGAGAAUCGCUCUAGAUAAUUGGGUGAAGGCUCGGUUUUGGGAGAGGAAGAUAGUGCAGCAUAGCAGGGAGAACACCUACAUGGAACACAGACUGCACAUGAUGAGGAGAGACACGCCUCCUGAGGGAUCCAUGAGGCAGGAACCGAUGCCGGGAAGAUCCGAGAUAUGGAACCGUGUGCAGAGAGAAUCUAGACCGGUUCCCAGGAUGAACAGCAGCACCAGCCCGAAAAAGGCCCCAGAGUUGGCUACG